AUUAGCAAUAUUUUUUGAUAUUUUUUAAAUAAUUAAUUUUAUAAAAGUAAUCAGUUCCAUAAAUAAUUCUUGAAAUUAGAAAGUAGUAACAAAAUCUACAAAUAUAUACAUUUAUUUUAUUGAUAUCGUUCAAAAUAAUAAAAUAGAUAAGUAGACGAUAAUUUGGUCAAUUGAUUGGAUCUCUGCAGUACAACUCAUUUUUAUAGUCAUGAAAACUAUGAAAUCUACUAAUUAAUAUGUUUGAUAUGUUGAUUUGUCAGUUCAAUUCUUACAAAGGAUUUUAAAAACAAAAAUAGAAAUAAAGCAAAACAGUCAUGCCAAAAUAUAAGACUACUUUUUAUAAUCAAGACCAAGAUUCUACAAGAAUUAAUGCAAUUGUCAAUGGCAUUUUUGAAAAAUCAUUUACCAUUAGUGAUAAUGAGACAUAUAAUAUUCCAAAUCCACAGUCAAUGUUUAAGGACUAUGGAUGGAAUGUUGAAAAAUUGCAACAAAUAAAAUUGGAAUUAAAUGAAACAAAGUCAAAAUUGAAUUGUUACAAUUUUGCACAAUGGCAUCAACAUACAUCCCAAAGAAAUAAAGCAAAAGACAUUGAAUGGCGUGUGCGUAGAGAUUUUGAUCCAGAAUUUGUUACACAGGCAUGGUGCAAAUUUCAUGAAAUAGUAUCAAAAUAUCCUUUAGUACCUAAAGAAGUCAUUUUUGACAACAACAAUGUCUUUACAUCAUUACAUUUAUGCGAAGCUCCUGGUGCUUUUAUAACAUGUUUGAACAAUUGGCUAAAAACAAAUCUUCCCUCUGUGUUCUGGAAUUGGUUAGCAAUGACAUUUAAUCCUUAUUAUGAAGGUAACUCUAAUAAUACAAUGAUUAGUGAUGACCGCUUUAUAAUGCAUACAUUACAGAACUGGUAUUUUGGUAGUGAUAAUACUGGAAAUUUGAUGAGUCUUGAAAAUUUAGAUGCACUUAUUGCUAGGGCCAAAUCAAUGGAAAACAUUUUUUUAAUAACAGCUGAUGGUAGUGUAAAUUGUUCAAUUAAUCCAGGUGAGCAAGAGGGAAUAGUAGCUAGUUUGCAUUUCUGUGAAGUUGUAGCUGCUAUAAAUAUUUUACAAACGGGAGGCAAUUUCUUGCUUAAAAUAUUUACCAUUUUUGAACAUCAAUCUAUUUGCUUGAUUUACUUGUUGUCUUGUAUUUUCAAAAAAAUUCAUUUUUAUAAGCCAGUUACAAGCAAAGAAGGCAAUUCAGAAAUUUAUGUGAUUUGUCUGAAUUACAAAGGUAUAGAUUUUAUUUUACCAUACUUGCCUAUACUUAGAGAGCAAUAUGGAAAAAGUAAUUCAAUAGCCAUGUUUAAGAAGAAUGACUUACCUAAAAGUUUUAUUGAGCAAAUAAUUAAUUGUGCACAAAUGUUUAAAAAUUAUCAAUGUGAAGUCAUUGAAAGUAAUAUUGCAGCAUAUCAUCCCAACAAUUUAAAUUCAAGUUUAAGUAUUGAGGACAAAAAAAUUGCAAAAUUAGUUUCUGAUAAAUUUAUUACCAAUUUUCCAUUGCAAAGAUUACAUAAUGAUUUGCACAUUGUUGGCAAUAUAAGAUUAAAGAGGAUGAAGAAUAAUCAUUGGGUAGUAGAAGCACCUACAGAGUCAUAUAAUGAAAUACAGAAAAUGCAAAUAUUGGAACCUAUGGAACGCUUGAUGUUGCAUGUGAAACAUUUCAAAUCACUUGAACCAGCUAUAAAAACAUUUUAUUUCAAACCUACUAAUGUUUCACUAGAUGUUUGUAUAAAUAUAGGGAAACCAUACUCUCGUACAAAAAGUUCAAGGUUUUGCUCUGUACAAGUUUCAGAAAUAUUCAAUUUGAUAUUUCAAACUAUAGAUUUGGAGAGUGGUAAACAUUUGAGUUUACCCUGUGAUGAAAGUAUGAGUUUGUAUGAAACUAGACUAGAACAAUCCAAUAUGUACAAAAUUUUAAGGUUCCAUUACACAGAUGUUUAUGACAGUAAUACUACUAUGAUUCGUUUCAAGGAAAUUUUGACAAAUUUACAAAUAGAUGACAAUUUAUUUAUUCUUGGGUUUUUGCUUUUGACUCAGUUUCAUAUAGGACUUAUUUACAUUUUAGCACAUACAUUUGAAAGCGUAGAAUUCAACAUAAAUGAAGAAUUGGGAUGCAUUUUACAUUUUAAAUCUUUUAAAAAUAGAGCUCUAGUACUGAAAACGUUUCAAGAAAUUUUUGAAACUCAACAACAAACUGCUUCUUCAAAAGAGAAAGUAAUCCUGUCAGUCAUUUCUAUUAUGGAAUUGUAUAGUUCAGAAUUAUAUCCAAUUAUUGGAAAGUUAAACAACUGGAUAGCAAAAUAUUGCAUUAAUCAAAUUGCUUCAAUUUAUAAAAAUAGUCAGAAGUGAUUGGAAUAGUGUCUAAUUAUUUUUCAAUAAAUUUAAUUUGUAAUACAAUUGGAAUUUUUAGAUUUAAUAUGCUACAUAUAAUUAAAAUAAGUUAAAAAUUUUGUAUUGCAUCUAACAUCAAGUACAAAUGUAUUAAUUAUCUCCCUUGAUAAAGAUUAACUACAAUAAGUUCUAUAGAAUACAUAUUAUACAACAGAUUCCUCAAAUAUAAUAAUUAAGGUAAAAGAUUUCUUAUCAAGCAAGUCUUGGAAUC